AUGUACGCGCAUCUUUUGCUACAAAUGUGCAUUGGUGGCCUCCUGGUUGAGAGCUACCUGUGCCUCAUGUACUGCCCCUUUGGUGUGAGGUGCAGUGGCGCAGCGGCUGUAAUUCCGCGCACGAAGGAGUCGGCGCUGGCCCCUGCAGUGGAUCCCGCGCCGUUCUAG